AUGACACAAAGGAGUAAAAGGAAGAAAGAUGGGACUGUGAAAUAUGUCACUGUGGGAUGUGCUCGGGGUGGCAAGGCACGAAAUAGAGCGUCAAACGUCCCCAAGCCUCGGCCAACAAGUAAGACAGACUGCAAGGCAAGGAUGAAUGUCAUGUUAAAGGAUGGGAAGCUGUGUGUCACAUCCAUAUUUAACACACACAAUCAUGGGCUUAGUUCAAGAAAAUCUAAAUUUUUCAGAUGCAACAGAGAAGUUAAUGAGUCUGUUAGGAGGGUGUUGGAUACUAAUGAUGAGGCUGGCAUACAGAUGAAUAAAAGUUUUCAUGCUCUUGUGACUGAGGCGGGUGGGUUUGAGAACGUACCAUUUGGAGAAAAAGAUUGUCGUAACUAUAUUGACAAGGCACGACACCUGCGCCUUGGUAAAGGUGGUGCUCAAGCGCUGUUUGAGUAUUUUAGAAGGAUGCAAUACAAGAAUGAUGGCUUUUUCAGCCUCAUGGAAUUGGACGAUAAUGAUAUACUGAAAAGUGUGUUUUGGGCGAAUGCCCGUAGUAAAGAGGCCUACAACUACUUUGGAGAUGUGGUAACAUUCGAUACCACAUACCUGACAAAUAGGUAUGGAAUGCCAUUUGCACCUUUUAUGGGUGUAAACCAUCAUGAACAGUCAAUUCUUUUGAGUGCAGGCCUUAUUUCAAGUGAGGAUACAUAA